AGUGUAUACGAUGCAGAGAUGUAUCGAAUCCUGUAUAAUUGGCUUGCAAAGGUGCAUAACUAUGAAAUCAUGGGACAAUGGCACCUAGAAGAAGUUCGUGAUGAUGGCAAGUAUCAUCAUCUCUCUGUAAUAAAGAAAGAUGAUGAUGAUAAACCUGUAGCAAUUUUAGAACUUUUGUUAAUAACAUUCUCACCAAAAUUAAACAAGCACUACGAGCAAGUGUUAAAAUAUGCUCAACAACUCUGCCCAUUAGAG